AAUGAAUCUUAUAGCCGGCUUAACACACUGAAUUUCAAACCCUUUUACUUUUCAAUGUGUAGCACAGUUAUAUUUAUCUUUUGCUUAUUAAUUUUCAGACCAGAUGUAUUGUGUCAAUUAACUGUUUCUUGUGAAACUGAGCUGCUGUGUGAAAGCAAUUUUGUGUGUUAUGAUCCCUAUAAGAUGGUUGCCACAUAUAUAAAACAACCAAUUUUUCAUAGGUAAAAGAUUUGCUGUAUGUGGUGUGACGUAGUGAAACUUUUAUACAGCUAUAGCCUUGUUUCCAUAUUAUUUAAUCAAUGUAAGAACAACUUUAUAAGGAGAAAUUUGACAUAAGUAAGGACAAGCCUCCUUUCCAUGUUAUUUGGUCAUUGACAAAAGAACAUCAUAACCUGAAGAUUUGCUAAAAUAACUUGCAUAGGGGUGCAUGUGCAUGGAGAAAUCAAUCUGCAUGCCCAGGAAUAUUUUACUGGUUUCUAAGCUGCUAAAGUACCUUAAAAGUGAAGAUUUUUUUAAUGCAGCUUUAAGUACAUAUAGUAUGUGCAUUUUUUAAAUUUUGUAAGCUUGGAUUUACUAGUAUAUGUUUUUUACAUAGUUUUAAGACAAUAGAGCCCAACCAUUAAAUUUGAAAUUCUGAUUUUGGGGCACAAAAUAUUGUUCUUAUCAUUUUUAUAUUUUUAGGUUAAUUCAUAAGUAUAUACUUUUUAAUUAAUCCUUGCCCUAAAAGAUGGCAAAAAAUGAAGUACUUCCUGAUUCUUUCGACGUAAUCGUUUGUGGUACUGGAUUAACUGAGUCUAUGAUUGCAGCGUCCCUGUCACGUAUUGGGAAAAAAGUACUCCAUAUAGACCGAAAUGAUUAUUAUGGCAGCCAAUGGGCAACAUUCAACUUCAAAGCCUUGUUAGAUUGGACAGAAAAAUGUAAAAAUAAGUCAAAUGCUACUUCUUCGCAGGAAAAUACUCAAGAAAGUGUGUUUAAUGUUCCAUUGCAUGAUUUUUGUGUUAGUAAUAUUGUUAUUGAAUCUUUUAUUCCCACAGACAAUGAUUUAAUAGAAAGUCAUAAAGAUGACAAACAUGAGGAAGGUAGAACUACUACAACUUCAAUUGAAACAAACGAUUCACCUCCUGACAUGGCUGGUGAGAGUGUUUUCGACAAAAAUUGUCAAAGUGAAAGCAAGGAAAGCAAGGAAAACAGAUCAGAAUUAACUUCUCCAGAAGAUGAUGUUAAAGAGAAGGAAUCCAUGGAUAAUCAAUUGACAAUAGAGAAUACAUUAGAUGACAAUGUAAAAAAUGAAUUAUCUGCAGCAGUAACAAAACCACCACAGAGUAUUAUUAGUCAAGCUAAAAUUAAAGAUGGCAGCUCCGACAUAUCUUUAAAAGAUUUUGAAAUUCUCUCAAGAAAGUUUAACUUGGACAUCACUUCUAAAUUUUUAUUUUCGGCUGGUCCUUUAGUGCAAACAAUAAUCAAAGCUAAUAUUGCACAUUAUGCUGAAUUUAAAGUUGUCAACAGAAUCUUAAUGUGCACAAACAAAGAAAUUAUCGAAGUGCCCUGCAAUCGUGCUGAUGUGUUUAGCAGUAGUUUUUUAAGCAUGAUUGAAAAGCGCAUGUUAAUGAAAUUUUUAACAUUAUGUGUAGAGUUUGAUGCCGACUCUGAAGAAAUUCAAAGUAUGAAAGAUCAGCCUUUUCAAGAAUAUUUGAAAUCCAAAAGACUGUCUGAAAGUUUACAGAAAUUUGUGAUUUAUUCAAUAGCUAUGGUGAAACCGCAAACACCAACGCUACUGGCAUUGCAUGAAACUCAAACUUUCUUGAAAUCUCUAGGACGAUUCGGAAAAUCACCUUUUAUAUGGCCAUUGUUUGGUGUGGGUGAAUUGCCACAAGCAUUUUGUCGAAUGAGCGCUGUAUUUGGUGGGUUAUAUUGUUUACGUACUGAUAUUCAAUCUAUUGUUACAAAUGUGGAUUCUAAUAAAUGCACGCAUGUUAUUGUUGAUGAGCAGAAAAUUGAAUGUCAGAAUGUUGUUAUGGAAUCAAGUUAUGUUCCUCAAAAAUUUUUAAAAUCAAAUGUGUCAACGAUUUCAAAAUGUAUUUUAAUAACAAACAAAUCCCUUGUUUGUUCAGAUGAAGAAAAUAUAUCUUUCUUAACGAUUCCACCACUACCAGGAAGAGACGAGCUUGUGCAAGUGAUCGAGUUAGGUCCGGCGUCAUCAGCUUGUCCCGCUGGGUUGUAUGUGUUAUACCUCACAUGUGUAUCAAACUCAGUUGCAAUUAAAGAUUUAAAGGAUUAUGUUAACCUUUUGACAGAACAGAAUGGAACAACAAGCAAGCCAAAAUUGCUUUGGUCUUUCUACUUUAACCACCUGCAUGAAGUUUCGUUUACUGCACUCCCAAAAAACGUCAUGGUAACGCCAAUGCCAGGUCCAACUUUGGGAUUUUCACAAUCCGUUGAAGCAGCUGAAAAAAUAUUUAAGUCAAUAUGCCCAGAUGAAGAGUUUAUGUUAAAGGUACCUGAUCCUGAAGAUAUUAUUUGGGAGCAUGAUGAAGUCACAAAGGAGGAGGAAAAACAAGAGGAUGACAAACAGAAAACAAUCAAUGAAAAUAGUAUUGAUGGCCAAGUUGAUGAUUCGACAGAAAAAAAUGCUUCAAGUAAUACUUUGUGUGACAAAAAUAUUGAGAAUCUUAGUGGAAAUCCAUGACAACAAUUAUUUCUUUUAAUAUCUUCUUGUCCUUUACUAUUAUUAGCAGCUUUUAUACAAAUUUAAUUAAACCCAUUAUAACUUAUUUUAAUAACUAUCAUCUAUCAUAGCAUGGUUGGUUGAAAAUAAAAAUAUUGUUGGUUGGCUUUUCGUGUGAAAGAUGAAAUGUUUAAAAUUUUACUAUAAAUUGUCUUUCAAGAAUGGGAUUUAUUUUAUUUUUGGUAUUGAAAAAAAAUUGAAUCAAUAAAUCAAAUGGAAUAAAAUAAUUACUAAUAAAUUGAUAAUUUAUUAAAAUCCACAAAAUGCUAUCUGUGAUGUCAUAUAAAUAAUGUAUGAUAAGAAAUAUCAGCUUUAGGGAAAAUUUUUGUCUUCAUGCUAGAUUAUGUUGAAUGGUUCAUUUUUUUUGCAGCCACAGCAGAAUAGGAAGUUUUUGACCUUUUGUUGACAAUGCUUGUCAUUAUUAAUCAAUCAAGUUGUAAAAGAACAAUAAAAUAACUUGUUUCUCUGAAUGGUUUGUAAAGGUCAAAGAGCAGAGGAAAGAGUUUUUACUUUUAAUGUUUGUAUGCUUAGAAUUUCUCUGCCAGCAGGGUUGAAUGAAAUUAUUAUUUCUAAAAUUUUGCUUACUGUUGAAUUUCUUAUUGAUAUUUUCCUUUGACUUUGUAUGCGAAAGUGAGUUGAUUAAAUUCACAACGUAAUGUUUAUUCAGCUAAGUCACACAAUUAUGUAGUUGUUAACAUGAAAAAAGGAAGCAAGUCGAGUAAAAGUGCACUAUACACAAUCCUUGAUUGUUUUCACAUUCCUAUGAUGUUAUUUUUACAGGUAAACGUGUGUCACUUUUUGUUUUGUAAGAAUAUAUAUUUCUGGAAGUUAUUUUAUAUAUGUUUUUAUUUUUUUAUUGUGGUGAUGAUUUUUUAAGUUUUUUUUGUAUGAAUAGAAAAUCGUAAGUUUCUGUUUUGCAAGUUGAAACGUUAGGCGGAUGUUUUAGUGAGAGUCUUCUAACCUUUUACACUUACUAUAAAAAAUAGAAAAAGCUUGUGACAUUUGUUCCUUUAAACUACAGUGUAUAUGCUUUGAUUUUAUUUUGAUGUGUAUUUGUUGAGAAUAGGAUAGAAUAUAGAUAUUGCUUUAUAUUUUGUUGUGAGAUGCAAAAAACAUGCAUAAUAUGUUUGUGUCGUUCACCCAACAGCUACUUUUGAUUAAUGGUAAAAAAUUGACUAA